AUGACGUCUAUUUUAUUCCGACGCGUUCAACCUAAUAUUGUUGGUGCACUUUUACGUAAAAAUGUUGAUCAAAUAAGAAAUCUUUCAUCAAUAAGUACUACUGCUGAAAAAAUUACUGAAUCACAUAAAUAUCAUGUUACUGUCGUACCGGGUGAUGGUGUUGGGCCAGAAUUAAUGUUAUGUGUACGUGAAGUAUUCAAUGCAGUUGGAGCACCAAUUGAAUUUGAUGAAUUACUUGCUAGUGAAUUAAUGCCUGGUCGAUCUUCUUCACUUGCUGAUAUAGUUGCUUCAUUCAAGCGUAAUCGUGUUGGAAUGAAGGGUAUAUUAACAACACCAGCUAUUAGUGAAGGUGGUGAUCUGAUGU